AUCUAAUCACAAUAACUUUGAGAUAUCCAAUCAUUUUAGUAGAAACGUUUCGUCAAAGUCAGUUAGGAUUUCGUUUAAUUUGUAUUUAUUUUAUUCUAUCGCAAUGAAGUUGUUUAACAUAGUUUUUGUUUUAUCGUGUUUUGGUGUUACAGUCCAGUCGCAAGUUAUAAAUCGAGUCCGCCUUGUCGACCAUACGAGCUAUGCCAUCGAUGUUAUAACCAAGACAGUGAACACUAUAGAGGAGAGAGGAUGGCACAGCCUCAAACUACCUGAUUUUGUUCAACAUGUGAACGAAUCCCUCCUAACCGCUCCUGUGGUUGGAAAAUUGACGUACCGCAAUGGUUUCGUGAAUUCUGUCCAGCAUGUGGACAUUAGACGAGAUACCGUCCAACAAGUUUGGGCAUACAGCGCCGCUGCGGACCAAACAACAGUGACCGUCAGAGGGACGCUGAGGAUGCAUGAAGUGGCCAUUGGCUAUGACGUCACCACCGAACUCGACGGUGACAGCGAACCAUACCAUCACUCUAUAACGUUCGUCCAUCCAAUGAUUACUUACGCGUUUUCUAUAAUCCAUGAUGCGUAUAGGGGUACGAACGACGUAACAGUGCUAGGAACGGUCACAAGAGUAACCAACCGCUUACCAUCAUUCAAGCCCCAAGAUAGUUUGACAGACAUCUUAACACACGUGUUUGAUCCCAAUACGGACAUCCCAACAGCAAUGGUUGCAUGGGGCCCUGAAGUGUUUCAGCCGAUCACUCUUAAGCUGGUCACAGAAGAAAUACCUUUUCCACAAUUCUGUUAUAAUUGUGCUACGUGAAUAGGAACACUGAACCAACAAAAUAAAUAAAAAUAAUUAUUUUUAAAAUAGAA